GGCUGUGUGGCAUCGGCUGCCAAAUUGUGUGCACCCCCCAUCAAUAAUGCACAUUGGCAGAGCUUUUCUUUGUAAAUAAAUAAAAUUUAAAACAACAUUUAAAUAUAUAUAUAUAUAUCGUCUUUGUAAGUCACAGGGCUUUUCAAAAUUUUGCAAGUUAGUUUUGGCCAACCUUUCGUAGGCCUACUUGACUCCGACAUUGUCAAAUUUUUCCAAAAUCUCUGGUCACGUGGGUUUUCCUCAUCAAUUAUGCAAAUUAGCUCACGUUGUGCGCACGAACCGAAAAACAGAGUGGCUCUGAACUAACUAGAAGAUUACUUUACAAUUUGUUUUCGAAAAUAACAAACACCACAAGAGGAUGGAACCAGACGAGUACAAGAUUUUGGUUGCAUAUAAACUGAAAGGCGAGUAUCCAGCGCUUUUCACGAAGAAAGAGAAGUUUCUUCUCCGAAGAAAAGCUGCUAUUUACGACAUUGAAGAUUUUCAUGCCAGUCCUACUGGGGCCCAUUGCGGGCAAACAAAAACAAGAGAAGCCAUUUCAAAGCGGUUCUACUGGCCAGGGAUGUCAGUGGACAUCAAUAAUUGGGUUUCCCAGUGUGCACUUUGCCAGGCAAGUGCUGCAACAAUUAAAAAACCAGCGGAAUACAUUCCAAUAAAGGUCUCUCAGCCAUUUGAACUGGUUGGGAUGGACCUUAUUGGAAAACUUACUGAAACCAACAAUGGACAUCAAUACAUAUGUGUUUUUAUUGAUUAUUUUACAAAAUGGCCACAAGCAUACCCUUUAAAGUCAAAAUCAGCCGGGGAAGUGACAAACUGUCUCAUAAAAUUUGUCCACCAGUUCGAAGCCCCCAAAAGGAUUCUUACUGACCAAGGCAAAGAAUUUGUCAAUUCUCUCAACAAAAGGGUUUGCGGAUUGUUAAAAAUUAAAAGAAGCCUCUGCUCCCCCUAUCACCCACAAACAAAUGGGCUGGUGGAGAAAAUGAAUGGCACCAUCCAGAGAGCCCUGUGCAAAGUUGUUGGCGACCAUCCAGAAAUGUGGGAUGAGUAUCUGGAUGCUGUAAUGUUUGGAAUCAGAACUAAAAAGCAAGUGACCACCAAAUACUCACCUUAUUACCUAAUGUUUGGCAGAGAGGCUCGCUAUCCUUCCGAAAUCCCAGAAGAGUUCAUGGUUGAUGAGAGUGUGGAAGACAUUGUGGGGCAGGAGGAGCUGUCGGAAGACAUUCAAAAGCACCAAAAGCUGUUGGAACUGGUGAAGGACAAUGUGGUCAAAGCUCAGGAAAAAACAAAGGGCAAAAUAAAAAUGAUGAAAAGAGAUGUCGUCUUCAAAGUUGGUGACAAAGUUUUAAGAGCUAACAUAAGAAGCCAGCAGAGGAAAGGGGGAAAACUUGAAGCAAACUUUUUAGGCCCUUACAUUAUUACAGCAAUCCAAGGCAAAAGUGCAGAUCUUCAGGAUUCCAAUGGGACAAUAAUUCCAAAAGUAAAUAUUGACCAACUAAAGUUAAGCAAAGACAGCAUGCCAAGAGUGCCACACCGGGGUUCAAAGAAAACAGCAGCCACAUUACUAACAGCACAACCAGGUCCAGCAGCACCAGUGGCGGUAGCACCACCACCACCUCCUCCUAGAGCUACUCAGGCUACAGCACCAAUGGCAUCACUUGCAUCACUACCAGUUCAAACACAACAUCCAUCUCCAGUUCCACAAGGUAUAGCAACAACGAUAUCAGAUCCAGAGUCAGGAGCAACAGCACAGAAAGAGAACGAACCACCAGAACCAGCCACAAGUGCUACAGCACCAGAACACGCUACAGCUCUACAAACCAAAUCCCAAACAGCAGCAGAGCCAGCCUCACAGACCAUAACAGCAGACCCAGCCUCACAGACCAUAACAGCAGACCCAGCCUCACAGACCACAACAGCAGACCCAGCCUCACAGACCAUAACAGCAGACCCAGCCUCAAAGACCAUAACAGCAGACCCAGCCUCACAGACCAUAACAGCAGACCCAGCCUCACAGACCACAGCUCCAAAUGCAACAACCACACAAGCCUCAGCUCCACAGAUUACAGCCCAGCAAUCUACAGCACAAUCCAUGGAAGCAACAGUUCCACUUGUGACACCAGCCCCAGCAACAGCCGCACAAGCUAGCCCUGCACCACCUCCAGCAUCACCACCUCAAAGAUACACUGAACCUGUUGCAGAGAAAUAUAUAAUGGAUGCCUGGGCUGGAAAGAGUCCUCAUGUUCUACUCUCAAAAAUUGGUGCUUACAAAUUAUUCUACUGGGAUAUUCAACAAAUUGGUCCGGACAUGGAGUUGGAAAGUGAGUCUAUUAAUGCAUAUCUUGCGAUCAUGGUGAGACAAUGCAAUCGCCAUAAUUCAGCAAAAGCAGCAUUCAUUGAUUCAUUUUCAAUGACAGCCAUUUGGAAGAGAAAAGCUCCAAGACUCAAGAUCAAACCCAUGGAGCAUGAAGUGAUUCUGGGAAUUGUAAAUGAACAUCAUCACUGGACAUUAGUGGUCAUUUACCCACAAGAAAAGAAGUCGCUGUAUCUUGAUCCACUCGGAGAAACUAAACAAGGUAUCCAAAAUUGUUUGGAAUCAACAAGGGAAUUCAUGCGAAAAAAAGGAUGCAACGUCUCAAGAUGGACUUGUGACACAGUCAAACACCCAAAACAAGUGGACGCUGCCUCAUGUGGAGUCUUUGCAUUGAAAUUUGCUGAAAAGAUCUUGCGAAAAGAGUCAAUAGACUUUCCGUCUACAAAAAAGGCCAUAAACACACACAGGCUGCAAAUUGCCACCACUCUCCUCCUAGAGACAGAUGACCUGACAAACAUCUGUCAUUUCUGCGGGGAAGAAGAGCAUGAAACUGACAAUAAAUGGAUUCAGUGUGAGAAGUGUUUGAGGUGGUUCCACCAGCUCUGCUUGAAAAGCCCACCACCAGAAGACGUGUUUAUUUGUUUCGCAUGUACAUAGUUGACACUAAAGGUGCACAGCUAGUGUUCUUAUGGCACACAUUGUUGAGAACACACAUAUCUACAUAUAUAGAUGUAGAUGUUAAAUUAAGAAGUCUAAAAAAAGAAAUUGGUCUCCAAAGUUUCUGUAGUUAUUAGUUACACUGUAAUUUAUUUUGCAAAUAAACUCUUUCGUG